CAUCAAGGAGGACUACGGGCAGAGCCACAUCGGUGCAGGUACUCGGGCAGAGGCACAUCGGGCAGGAUUCCGGGCAGCGACACAUCGGGCAAGGGUCUCCGGGCCAGCGGCACAUCGGGCAGGACUCGGGCAGACUCCGGGCAGAGGCACAUCGAGCUGGACUUGGGCAGAUGGACACAUCGAGCGGACACCGGGAUCACCAGGCGGAAGCAGCAGGCAACCGGGCCACCAGGCGGAGCAGCAGGCACCGGGGCCACCAGGCGGGGCGGCAGGCGCCGGGCCCCCAGAGCGGGGGCAAAAGGCAUCGGGCACCCCAGGCGUGGGCGA